GGGGCAUCGGGAUGUGAGACGCAGCGGCAGCCUCGAGAGACGCGUUACAGUUACCUGCUGAAGAAGACAAAAUGGCGCUGAGAACGAUGGCCUUCCUGUUGCUGGCUCUCGCGGUCGCCGUCGCCGUGGCCUCCCCGCUGCCCGGCCUCAAGCACUACGGCAGCUAUGGCUACAGGGGCUACGGCCACGGCUUCUCCAGGGGCCACUUCGGACAUGGCUUCAGUCGCGGGUUCGGCCACGGCUUCGGCCACGGGGGAUUCGGACACGGGGGAUUCGGAGGGUUCGGGCAUGGAGGAUUCGGAGGCUUCGGACACGGCUUCGGACAUGGUGGAUACGGAUGGCGCUGAGUAGAAGUUACCAACGAAUAUGUAUCACUAAGAGCUUUCUCCAUUUUCCUUUAUUUUGUGAAGUCAACCCGACUCCACUUUAUUCCUUACUUCGCCUAGUCUUACAUGAAGCAAAGUUCUGAAGUUCAAGUCGUGGAAACAAGACACGUGAACACUUCUGAACGUUUUGGAAGGCCCAAGUGUUCAAAAAAAAGUAUCACUUUGGCUCUACCAUACUAUUUUAAGGGUUUUACUAAUCAUAAGAUGUAGUGGAGUAUAAACACUUUAAGUCUGUUCUCUCUUCUUUCUCUCUCU